UACAGUUUUAUCAUGAUCGCCCGUUAUCUUUUGACACGAGGACCCAAACGAAGAAGAAGAGAAGCUGCUCGUGGCGAAGCGGUCAGCAGCUCCGAGCGAGACGGACACAGACUCCUCCGAUGCGCUCAGGAGGGAGACAUUCAGGCCCUGAAGGAGCUCCUGCGGCGAGGCUGUGACGUCAACUUUCGCGAUGAUUUCUACUGGACGGGUGUGAUGUGUGCGAGUAAAGCAGGACAGACGGAGGCUGUUCGGUUGCUCCUGCGUCACGGAGCUGCUUGGGUGGGAGUGGUGGACAAACAGGUGCGUAACACUCACUUCUGAGAGGAUCUCUCUACCUCCUCCUUUAUAUGGGAGUAGAGCAGUGCAGAUUUCCCAUUGGCUGCUGCUUUGUCAGUAUGGUUGGUUGAUUGAGUUAAAGUCUUGUAC